CAAUUUUAGGUUUUUUUCGUUAUGUAAUUCGACAUCCGGAGGUGAAAACAGGGAAAUCUCCGCCUCCAUUUUUUUUCUUUUGCUUUUUUUUUUCUCGCUUAAACCCUUUUUUUUUUUUAAAUGUUAUAACUCGAUGGAAUUUCAAGGAUUUCCAAGAAUCCAUGGGAUUUUCUAUGCAGUAUUUGAUAUCAUCAAAGGAACGGUGGUGAAACAUCAAGUACCAGAAGGAAGUAUCACUUUACAACAACAACAAGAACAUCAACCUUUGAUCGAUUUUGAAGCCAUCAGUGAAUAUAUCAUACCGAAGAAUCAACUUUAUAAACGACUAGUGACCAUUAGUACUGGUAACUACAAAGUGAUGGGAUGUCCUGUUGUUCUUCACGACCAUGAAAAAUAUCGUCACCUUCGAAAUGAAUUUCGUUUCAAUCUUUGUUUUAUCUUUGAUGACCAGGCCGAAACCACUAGUUAUGAAGCUGUUGUUCGCAAACUCUCACGUGUCUUAGAAGGAUUGGAGCUAGAAUGUGAUUUUUUAUCUCAAGACGUUGAAUCGAAAACCGUCCAAAAUGUUAUUGAACAACUAUAUGAAGAUCUCAAUAGUUAUUGCGAAUGCCAGAUACCCAUUAAUACCUUUAAUACAAUCAAUCUCAAACUAUUUCCAUCUUAUCCAAAUCCUCCUCCUGUUUAUGAUUAUCAAGUACCUGUGACAACUCUAGAUGUGAACAAAAUGAUGAAUUCUAAUUGGGAUAUCACUGUACAAAAGGUAGCAAAACAUAUCAAUGGGAUCAAUCAUGUGAAAAAGAUAUCUGAAUUGACCAAUGUCAAACCUGAAUGGACAAAGAUUUGUAUGGAACACCUAUUAUAUUAUGGUUGUAUUGUGAUGACAGAUAUCUUUCAAUUCGGCAAUGUAUAUGCUAUCCAACCGGAAUUAACAAGAUUAUUGGAUGAAAAGUCUGGUCUUGGUAGAGAAUGUUUGGAAUAUAUUACCUUACCUGGUGCUACGGUACCAUUACUAUCUCGGGUAUUUGCUCUUUAUAGUGGAUUACAAUAUGGUAUAUCAGUCAAAGAUUGGAUGGAAGAAAAUCAAUUGAAUACGCUUCCCAUUGAUAUCAGACGAUUUAUCUCCUUUGGAGUAAUCAAAGGAUUCAUUUAUCGAGUACACAAAUACCCUAUCUUGGUCAACUGUCAUCAACAACAAGAAGGUCGAUCUGUGUUCCCGACGGUGGAACAACAACAAAGUUUGAUCAAUAGGAAUACUGGUAUGGGGAUUUAUCCAGAAUUAUUUCAAUAUCUAGAUGGACAACACCAUUACGACGAAAUAUGUACUCAACUGAAAUGUUCACCUCAAGAACUGGAUGAACAUUUAGGCUACCAGACCAAAGAACUCCCUUUGUUCGAUACAACCAAUAAAGAUGAAUGGUGUGUUCGGUUUAUUGAACGAUAGAUCAGUCUAGUUUAGAUUAAUACAUUAGUUUAGGCUUAGAUAGAAAAACUAUUUUUAUAUAUUUUUUCACUCACAAUAAAGUGUACAUAUUUGAUAUUA